AUGGCUGCCCCGACGACGACCGGCUCCUUCAGCCGCGCUGAGCUGCGCGCCCGCUGCGCCCAGGGCGCCUGCCUGGUGCUGACCGGCCGCCGCCUCUACGACCUCAGCGCCUUCGCGCCCCUCCACCCGGGCGGGCCGCGCUUGCUGCUGGAGCGGGCCGGCACCGACGUGAGCGAGGCGCUGGACGGCCCGCCGCACCGGCACUCGGCCAACGCGCGCCGCUGGCUCCAGCAGUACUACCUGGGCGAGCUGGAGCCCGACGGGGAAGCCGAGCAGACUUGUCCGAAGACACCGGACUCCCCCACGUCAGACGCCUCAGGUCCUGUCAUGUCCGGGGAGCCUAGAUUGGCAUCAGUCAACGUAGAGAAGGACUUGGUGGACUGGGAAAAGCCUCUCCUUUGGCAGGUGGGCCACCUGCGCGAGAAGUACAAUGAAUGGGUGCACCAGCCGGUGGAUCGACCCAUUCGCCUCUUCCAGUCGGACAUCAUGGAGUCCCUCUCCAGGACAACGUGGUACAUUGUCUGCCUAGUCUGGCUACCGGUAAUAUUCUUCCUCAGCUGGCACUGCUACACCACUCUGGCCCAAGGGGAAACCCAGCUGUUCUCCACAUCAGCCUAUGCCGUUCCCGUUCACAAGUCCUGGUUCCCACUGCUCUUCCUCCUGGGCGUAUUCAUCUGGUCCCUGCUGGAGUAUUUCAUUCAUCGCUUCCUCUUCCACAUGAAUCCAGCCAGCAAGUACUACCUGAUUACCUUGCAUUUUCUGUUGCACGGCCAGCAUCAUAAGUCCCCGUUCGACAGCUCCCGCCUGGUCUUCCCACCUGUGCCAGCGUCCCUGGUCGUCUUCUUCUUCUACUUUCUUGUUGGUUUGGCUCCCCCUAGAGAAUUUGGGCACUCCAUCCUGUGUGGAGGAAUCCUUGGCUACGUUAUUUACGACAUGAUGCAUUAUUACUUGCACUACGGCUCGCCCAAGGAAGGCACCUACCUCCACGGUCUGAAGAUCUAUCACAUCAAGCACCACUUUGAACACCAGAAAGCAGGUUUUGGGAUUUCUAGCCGAUUCUGGGACCAUCCCUUCCACACGCUGAUUCCAGAAGAAAAUGAAAAGCGCGAUUAG